UAGCACGAAGCUGCAAUACCGACUAGACAUCGCCUAGCUGUCUACUUCAGAGGUAUUGAUUAUCCAGGGAGGCGUUUUGGGCUCUUCCCGCAAUUUUCCCCCGAGAUUAUCCACAACCAGUUUUGCUCCAUAGCCUUCACAAUGCGGUCUCUUCCUGCUUGCAUGACCGUCUCCUUCACCAUCUUCAGCUAUGUCACCUAGCUAUACAUAGCCUGGACAUGCAUUGCAGAUCGAUGAUACCAAUCAGAUCAUCCAAACUUUGCGUGAUCCAGCCAAAGGGUACCUUCUUGACAGCCACCUACGUUAUAGCCUCAGCCUUGCUGCAGCGCGACAAGUUAAGAAAGGGCUCUGCCUCGAGGAAAUUCUCUUUCAAACUACCUCGGCCUGUCUCCUCUUACGUACAGCGAUGGAUCCUGAACUCGGGCGAUCCUCUCAAGCUCCUCUCUUGCCGCCUUUGGCACAGGACCUAGGCGAUUUUGUUGAUUCUAUUCCGCUUUUGCAUAUAUCGAGGGGUACGGAUGCACCCUAUACUCCCGAGGAGAGUGGCUCAAUACUUGGCGCCACCAAUCUUACAUCUGAGAGAGAAAGUGCAGAGAUGGAGACCAUUCCAUUGCAACCACAAAAAGACCCGGACCAUGGCAUAUCUCGUCGCUCCUCCAUCGCGAUAUCGACCACCUCUUCAGAUGAUCAGCGACAACCGCCGUCUUUCUUCACACGUGUGUUCAAGGGUCUCUCAGAUACCACUCGAUCAGUUGAUAACAAAAUCGCACUUUGGAUCAGACAAAGUCGAUUCCAUGGAUGGCGAAUGGGGGUCCUGUUUGGAUGUUGCACGUCUACGUUCGUCCUCUGUUGCAAUAUCGCCAUGAUUGUCGUAGGAUCGACCGUACAUUCGGGGUACAAUUCCGACGGCGUCGCUGACUUAAUUGUUGGCGAUGAAGCGACCAUUUCGCGAUGGAAUACCUCCUUGCAUGUGCUCAUCAACGUGCUCAGUACGAUGCUACUUGCCGGGAGCAACUACACCAUGCAAGUAUUAAGUGCUCCUACUCGAAAGGACGUUGAUGUAGCCCACGCUAAAGGCCAGUGGCUCGACAUCGGUCUUCUCAGCACCCGCAACUUACGGGCGAUUCCUCGCCACCGUGUAGUGCUAUGGGUCGCACUAGCAUUAUCAUCGAUUCCUCUGCACCUCUUUUACAACGCUUCAGUUUUCAAGGUCGUGACUUCGGUCGACUUCAACGCCUUUACGUUAGCCGCUGGAUCUGAUAAAUGGGAGCAGAUUAGAUCGAUCACAGAUAAUGACACAUUUUCUGGCACGUACUCGAGACUCACUAAUGAUCAAUGGAGUAAUGUGUACAAUAGAGAGCACGUGUCGGGGCAUGGGGACUUGUACCUUACAAUUGAUCUUCUGGCCUUCGACACGUCACAGAUUCUCACGGAUAUGACAUUACAAGAUGUUGACACCCUACGCAGGUUUGGGAUCGAGCAGGAAAUGACAUGGGCAAUCUCACACGAACAGUACCCAUUACCCGGCUGGAUAUACUUCAAACCGGUACACUCCAUGUAUGAACCCGGAUAUAAUGAGCCAUUACAGUGCUAUGCUCAUGUGGCAUAUGCCUUUUCACAGAAGAAAGACGAUCUAUCAAGUCGCGUACGAGUCAGCCUUUACUUCAUGGUCACCGUAAUCGUGUUCAACAUCCUGAAGUUGAGCAUCAUGGCUUCUGUCCUUAUUACAGAUAGAUCAGCGUACCUCGUCACCAUAGGGGAUGCCGCGGCCUCCUUCUUAAAGCGUAUUGAUCCAAGUACUACCGGGAAAUGCAUGCUGGGUAGGGAAGAGAUGCUACUUAGUAUGGGACAUCCUUCAAGUCACCCUAUAUCUAGCACGGAGGAGAAAGAAGACCUCACUUUGCGAAUGGGUGGCAUGUGGCUUCCACGCCCCAGAUAUUAUUUCUUUGCCGUAACUCGAAAUGGAAAGGUAUUCUACACGAUCAUGGUGUUAUGUAUCAUCAUGGUACCUGGGUUUUAUCCGUUGUACGCCACACCAGCUAGCUCCUGGUCCUGGGGAGCUUCGUCCCAAUAUUACCUUCCUUUCAGCGAUGGUAACAUGACAGCUGCGGCAACUCUGAAGAAUGCUUGGUUCGCUAACGCGCCGCAACUUCUCCUUUCUUUCAGCUAUCUGGCCAUCAACACUAUCUGCACUUCCAUGGCUGGCACACUAGAAUGGAACAAUCUUGCAAAUUUCAGGAAGGGCCUAAGAGUCACACAAUCUCAUGGCAGUCAACGGAGUACCUAUUUCUUACAGCUCCCAUAUAGGUGGAGUCUUCCCCUCAUAAUCACUAGCGGCACCCUCCAUUGGUUAUUAUCGCAAACAUUUUUCCUCGUUCGCGUCGAUUUCUUUGAUAGUCAAGGGAAAAUGCUUGAGCACAAAUCAAAAUCGGCGUGUGGCUUCUCAACACUUAGCCUUUUCGUGUUGCUCAGCGCGUUCUUGAUUUUGCUCUGCACUGUAGGAUGGAUCGGUUUCAGAAAUAUGUCGAUGAAAGCGCCCAUCAUUGCAUCUUGCAGUCUUGCUAUAAGCGCCGCAUGCCACCCUCCACCUAAUGAGAUCGAUCCGCAUCUGGCAAAGGUGAGAUGGGGAGUAGUCCAGCACGAAGUGGUAGAAGGGUUUGGACAUUGUUCUCUCUCGUCGAAAUCGGUCAAAAAACCUGAAGUAGGAAAGACAUACCAUUGACGGGUAACUGUAGAUUGGCAUUUCGAGAUGAAAGCUACUGUUCUCUAUGUUUGUUCCGAGUAAUGAAGCCGGUACAAAAUAUGCGUAGCAAACUUCCUUUGCUGCUUUUCAUCAUGUGUUAUAGCUUUUACGACAUGCCAACUACGAGCUUGAUUCACUUGCUUCACAAAGAAUUGGGGUUCUGCUAGCUUUUGAGCCCAGUAAGUCUUCGUCCCUUGGAUAUACACAUGGUCGUAUU